UUCGUCGCUUGCAAUAGCCAUAGCCACAGACCAGAGCCAGACCCAGAACCAGAACCUUCCAUUCGAAAACUCCCCACCGAUCGUCGUCGCCUCCUCAACGAAGAACACACAAGCCAGAUCGUCUCGUCUGGUCACAUAUAUCUCUCGUAUUAAAAAUGGCGUCUCUGGAGUUGCAGAGCACUUCCGAAACAGUAUGUAGAGCAGAUGUAUUGCAUGUCGAUUCAAGCGAGAAGAAUACGAAGAAUGCGAAGAAGAACAAGAAUAAAAUCAAGUUGUACGUGUGGAGAGGCGGUUGUUUCAAAUCAGAAAGUGACCACUCCACUACCCAUAAACCGUAUGGAGAUCGGAGUCCAGAGACCAAGACUGGCACUACCGGAGAGCAGAGCAGCCCGACUCAUCUUGUCGUCAUGGUCAAUGGCAUCAUAGGGAGUGCUAGAAAUUGGAAAUUUGCUGCAAAGAAGUUUUUGGAGAAAUACCCACAAGAUCUUAUUGUGCACUGCAGUGAGUGUAAUCACUCAAUGUUGACUCUUGAUGGUGUUGAUGUUAUGGGAGAGAGAUUAGCAGAAGAGGUUAUAUCCAUCGUAAAAUGUAGGCCAUACAUUCAAAAGAUCUCGUUUAUAGGUCACUCAUUAGGUGGUUUGGUUGCAAGAUAUGCUAUUGGUAGGCUUUAUGGACAGAAUUCGAAGAGGCAGACUUCUGAUGCAAAUGAUGUUGGCACAACUGAUGAGGCUGGAAUUCCAUGCAUGGAAGAAAAAUCAAAGGGAAAAAUUGCUGAAUUGGAGCCCAUGAAUUUCAUAACUGUUGCAACACCACACCUUGGUUCAAGAGGGAAUAAACAAGUCCCAAUUUUUUGUGGCCUUCAUAUUCUGGAAAAGAUGGCAUCUCGUGCAUCAUGGAUGAUUGGAAGAACUGGGAAACAUCUAUUCUUGACUGACAAUGAUGAUGCGAAGCUUCCUCUUCUUCUUCAAAUGGUUGAUGACUGUGGAGAUCUUCAUUUCAUGUCUGCAUUGCAAUCAUUCAAGCGUCGUGUUGCAUAUGCAAAUGCUUGCUAUGACCACAUUGUUGGGUGGAGUACAUCAUCAAUACGUUGCAGAGAUGAGCUCCCAAAGAGGAAGUCUCUAUCGAGGAAUGAAAAGUACCCACACAUUAUAAAUGUGGAAACACCUAAGAUUACCAGUCCUCAGCAAGAAGUCCUUUCAGAGGCAAAAGUCAAUGGAGGCAACACUAUGGACAUGGAAGUGGCAGAGAAAAUGAUCAGAGGUCUGACAAAAGUGGGUUGGGAACGGGUUGAUGUCAGCUUCAGCAGAAGUAAACAAAGGAUUUUUGCUCACAACACAAUCCAGGUAAAGACAUACUGCAUUAACUCUGAUGGUGCAGAUGUGAUUCUCCAUAUGAUCGACAAUUUUCUCCUAUAACAUGUGCCAACUGGAUUCUUAUUUAGAGAGAAGGAAAGAGAGACACUGGCCAUUUUUUACUUGUAAGGCAUAACAAGAUUUUUCUGUAAAAAUGUUGGCCUAAAUUAAAUUCAGAAAGAAUGUUUCUAACAUGGAAAUGCCCUGCCGAACUUGAAUGUUUUAUCUUACCUCAUUGUGGAUUUUAGCUGAUAGAUAUGGCUUUAAGAUAUGCAAGUUAAUAAAAAGAAUGAAGAAUGAGUCUACCAUUACAGAUGUGAGUAUAGAAUUUGUUAAAUACCAAUCGUUGAUCACUAUUAAUUGAUUGAAGUGAUUGGUUAGCA